CAUACUCAACCCCAAAACAGCCAAUACGCUCAAGUUUUGCUGCGGCAGUUACUCAACGUCCAGACGGAGGGACCCACAUGUUGGGGUUGCUUAUAUACUGCUUAAAGCUUUCAUAGGUCCGUUAUCUCAAGUACCGAAGGGUUGAUCCCUGCCUUCCGCGACUGCACCGCAAAUGUCGGGUUCCUACGCUAACCGAUGGCCCUUCAACUCGUCGACAGGGCGCACAUUUGGCUCUCCGUACUCGGGGUACCGCGGCGACUACACGGUUUACCCAGAUGAGGGCUGGAAGCAGGGCCUGCGUAAGUACCCAUACCUACCGCCUGGCAGCCCAUCCCCGGCACGCCGGCACCGCAGCGCGUCGCCACGCCGCCGGGCUGCCUCAGCAGCGAAUGGCCGUGCAGCUGCUGCAUCUCAGCGACAGGCCCUGAUCGACAUCUUGGCCAAGAUCGACAGCAGUCAGGAGGACCUGCAGGCGCUGGCGGCCAAGGUGGCGAGCUGGUCGCGGCAGGCGGCGGGGCUGGCGGGGGGGCUGCAGGAGGAGGCGCUGCUGCUGCAGCUCAGCCGCCAGGCAGCGGCGCUGGCGGAGGCGGAGGCCGCCGCGGGAGAGCUGCAGAAGCGCGAGCGCGUGGUCCGGCUGAGCCGCGAGAACGGGCUGCUACGCAAUGAGCUGAGGGACAUGAUCCGGAUCUGCAAGCUGCUGCUGGAUCGAGAUUCAAAUAACGUCUCGGGUGGCGGCGCCGCGUCCGCCGCCGUUGAGCCCAUCGCGCCCGCCAGGCCGGCGGCGCGGCCCGCCACCGCCGCCGCCAAGCCCACACGGCCCGCCGCCACCCAGGUCCCGCCGCCGCAGCCGCUGUCGGCGCCUCCCGCGCGCAACGUAACCCAAACCACUGCAUCGCUGUACUACGGCAGUGAGGAUCCAUACGGCGCGCUGUACGGCGGCGGGCCGGAUGAUGACCUGGCGGCGCUGGCGGCGGCGGAGGCAGAGGCGUACUACGGCGGCUCGCGCCGUACGACAAACCUUACUAAUGACGCCAGCAUGGAUGCCAUCAUUGGCGCCGGCGACGCGGCGCUGGAGGCGGCGGAUGCGGCCGUGGCGGCGGCGGCUGCGGAGGUGGCGGCGGCGGAGGCGGCGCUGGCGGCGACGACGGGCGGCCAUGGCCGUGGGCUGCCGGGCGCGCCGCGCGAGGGGGUGGCGGCCGAGGUGGCGGCGCGUGCGGCGGAGUUUGACCAGGAGCUCCGACUUGACCGGCAGCAGGUGGGCGCCGCACUGGCCGAGGUGGACAAGGCUUUGGCCACGCUGUCCUCACACUUCCCCGCAGCCAGCCAGCCCACGGCUGGCGGCGCCGCUGCCGCCGACGGCGCGGGCGGCGCCGCCGCGGCGGCGGCCGCUGCCGCCGCGCCUUACGGCUCCAGCUUUGGUGGCUUCGCGCCCACACCGGAGAUCACGCCUGCCGGCGCCGCGGGCACCGCCGCCGCCGGCGCGACCGCUGCUGCGGUGGCGCCGUCGGGCGCCUACCACGGCGACGACGGCCUGGUGGAGUCGUACCUGCCUGAGCCGCAGCAGGUGGUGGCGGCGGUGACGCCGGCGGUGGGCGUGCCGGAAUAUGAGGAGCCCGUGGUGGGCACGCCAAUGGGCACGCCCGUCAAGCUGGCAGAAGGAAUCCCGGCGGGCGAUGCGGGCGGCGGCGGCGGCACGUCGGCGCCGCACACGCCGCUGUAUCAGGGCGUGGUGACCGGCACCGCCACCGCGGCGGCGGAGGGCCGGCCGGUAGUGGCGCGCGGUCUGCCCACCUACGAGGCCCCAGACACUGUGCUCCGCGGCGCCGGCGGCGCCGCUGGCGCCGCCGGCGGCAGCAUCAGCGGCCCCACCGGCGGCCUAUCGCCGCAGGUGUUACUGGGUGUGCCGGCAGCCGCCGUGCCGGCGUCACCGACGGUGCAUGCCGGCGCAGCUGCGCCGGCGCCGGCGCCGGCAGCUGCGUAUCCGUCCGUCGCGGCGGCGGCGGCGGCGGUGCCGGCGCCGGUGCUGCCGCCCUCGACGCCGGGGGCGGCGGCCCUGGACGCGCUGCUGCUGACGGAGGUGGAGAAGCUGAAGCGGGUCAACGCCGCACUGGCAGGCACACUGGCGUCGUACGGCCACGUGACGGAGCGGCUCGGCUCCGCCGCCACCUCGCUGGCCGCAGCGGCGGCCAGCACGCCAACCGGCGCCAGCACCGCCCGCACUCUGUUCCCGCCAACGGCCACGUCGCCUGCUGCUGGCGGCGCCGCCGCCGCCGCCGCCGGCAACGUGCCGUCUUGGUACUCGUACGGCUACGCCAGCAACAACGAGGCAUCGGUGUCACCGUAUCCAGCUAUCUCCCCCGCCGCCGCCGCCAGCGCCGCCGCCGCCGCCGCGCAGCCGACCUGGACGCCGCCGCGCUCCUCGCUGCGCCACACCGCCCCGCUGGCAUCGCCGUCGCCUGCCUCGCCCGCCCUGGCCACAUUCACACCCGCGCCCGCCACCACCACUCGCGUCGCCGGCAGCACCGCCGCCACAACGUACCGCGGCGCGGGCGCCGCCGCUGCCUCCGGCAACACCGGCGGCGGGCUGUACGGCGAGAUCCGGAACAUGGAUCUCACGAUGGACGCGCAGCUGUACGACAUACGACAGCAGCUGCUGGAGCUGCGGCGCGACGUCGCGCUGGGCCGCGUGGCGACCACCGCCGCCGCCGCCCCCGGCGGCACACCCGGCUACUCCCCCGGCUCCGCCGCCUUCGCCCACACCUCCACUGCUGUUGCUGCUCCCAACACCUUUUUCAGCCCCCGCGUGGGCGCAGGCGCGCCCGCCACGUCAGCGGCUGCUGCGGCGGCGGCGGCGGCACCGCCUCCGGCUCGGUCGUACGGCGCGUCGGCGGUUGAGAUCUCCCGCAUGAAGGACGAGAUUGCGGACCUGCGCCGCCAACUGUCGUUCGACAAGGCCUGGUACCUGCACAGCCUGGACGGCGUGGUGGCGGGCCGCAGCAGCAUGUUUGCGGACCUGCAGCGCCGCAUUGAUGACCUGCUGGCGCCGAGGCCCUUCCGCUGAUGGGCGGAAUGGGGGGGGAGAGGAGGGUUGAUGGGCCGCGGGACGCGCGGCGGCGCGGGGAUAUGGUGCAUGCUGAAGAAGCCCCCUGGCCGCGUGGCGAAGCUGUUUCAGGGAGAGGAUGCAUGGGUAACAAGAGGGACUUGCCGACGCGAUAUCCGCGAUGUCGCGAGGGAGGCUUCGAUGCAAAGGGAGGCAGGGCUGUGCUUGGUGCGACGCCAUGGAGUGACGUUACCGCGCCUUGUGCCUUCGGGUGGGGGGCUCUGACAGCUCGGACAGGGUCGGAACAAGCAAGCCAUCCAGGACACUGGGACGUGCGAGCAUACACCGGGAGGCAAGAGCCCGGCGGGGCUGCGCCAUGCUUGCUGAGGACGGGACGACCGAUGUCAACUUGUCGAGAGGUAUGCGGUUGCAAUGUUGCAUGGCUGCAAUGACCGGACGCGCCGCAACAUCCACAUGAAUGGGGCCUGGAGCAAAGGCUAAGGA